AAUAAAUUUAAAAAUUAGUAAAAAAAAAUGAAAGUCUUACACGUCAUUAUUAUUGCGACGCUGAACUCUGUAUCGGAAUCCACCAUGUAUUUCCGCCAUUUUUGCCUGAAAAUUUUAAACAUUCAAUAAAUAAAACUAAAAAUAUAUAAUUUGUAAUAGUAACAAUUAAGAAUUUUGAUGUUAUACAUACCGUAAGCAAGAUUACUUUCGUUGUUCGUAGUAAAUAAUAUUUUUUUUUUAGUUUCUAAGCUUCAGAAGCAGAUACUAGGGUUAAAUAGAAAAUUAUUAAAUGUGCAAUCCAGAAAUCGCAGAAUAAAACUGAUGAUCGACUAAUGACGCGUAAUAUCCACUCGACUCCGAGAGUGUUUUGUCUUUUAAAUCAAACUGCCCUCUAUAAUUAUUUUUUCAGUCGGAUGUGUGUAUAAUAUUUCCGCAAAAUACUUUACUGGUGUCGGCUCCAUUAAAAUAUGGUAUACCAUGUGAGUUCAGUAGUUCCUUAAUUUAUAUGCUAUAUAUAUCUUGGACUGUCCAAAUAAAUAUAAAUAUAAAGUCAUCUGCGGGUUAAACAUUAUUCAUAAAUAAAAGUACUUCUAACCAUUAACAAAGUGUUAUCAAAAUAACUGACAAAUUUAAUCGUAAUCACGAAAAUAAAAAUAAGAACUGCAAUGUCAAACAUUUGCUUUCACUACGGUCAAAAAACUCUGGCGCGUCGUCGAAUCCCUAUGAUAAGUAUCGAUGGAUAUGAAUACAUGUGCUCCAAAGCAUUUCCUGGUGGCAUGUAUGUGAUAUGUAAAUACAAAGAAAGAAAAAACUGUAAAUUUCGAGGUAAACUAAUUAACAAUGAACUAAUUAUUUCUCGUAAUCAUGAUCACGCUAGAGUUAGCAAUGCAGAAAAAAUUUACAACUUCGAAAGAUCUUUAUAUGAAGAGGUAACAACUCAUCAUUUCAAAUCUUUAAGAAUUAUCUACGAUGAAAUUAGUUCGCUUCAUCAUGAAGCAGCUAUUCAUGUCACAUGGGUUGAUAUUUAUCCAAAAAUGUUGAGGUGGCGCCGACAAAUAAAACCCCCGAUACCGGAUUCAAUUGAUCAGUAUAUAAACCUAAUUGAGAUGCCCGAAUGGAACAUGUACACGAGUCACAAUCAAACCAAUAUCACAGUCAUAACUAUUGAAGAUAAUGAUCAUUCUAAAUCUAUUAUUUAUGCUGAUUUAGAAUUUCUACGAUCUUUAAAUAAUGUUUUCGAAUUGUAUAUCGAUGCGACUUUUAAAGUGGUUCCUAGAAAACCUGCAUUUCGCCAGUUGCUGACAAUUUUAGGAUUGGUUCAGGAUUCAGUAAGCUUAUGCGAAACCCCUUUCAUACAAACUUUUAUUUUUAAACACUAUAAAAUUUGAUUUUAUAAAUUCAAUUAUGGAUAUUACAAUCUAUC